AUGCUUUCCGACGCCCACGGGGAGGAACAAGCCGCGUACCGUAAGCGAAUCAUCCGCUAUGUCGAUAGCGUCUUCUGCGAGGACUUGGACCAGGAAGGCCUCUGCGCCGUGCAGGCGGAGCGUUCGGUGACGUCUGACGUCUCAUCCCUGGUGGACAGUGCCGAACAGUUCUCGGCCGCAUUCAAGAAGCCAACUUCUGCGCCGGCGCGACGCAGAUCCACACCCAUAACCCGACAUGCGUCGAGUACUCCUGGGCAACAAGGGGCGAAAGGGAGACCUCUGUCGCUUCAAGGCGCCUUGGAAGCUGGUCGAGAAAACAACGUUCUCACAGGACGGCGUGCUGCGGAUCCGUGGCCAGCCGGCCGCUGGGGAGGAUGCCGAAAUGGCGUCGUCGGCGACGACGGAACCGAAAAGAAGACGCGGCAGUUUCUGAUGAGAGCGGUGAACCGGGUGUUCACGGAGCGGGCUCUGUCGCAAGUCGAGGUCGUCGCCCAUCUCUUGGUAUACCCAAGCGAGUUCACGAGCGGCAGCAUCUGGGCGUACCUGAACGUUGAGAGCGCCACCAACAGAGUGACGGCGAGCGGCCUCGAAGAGGAAGAAGUUCCGCCAUGUCUGUGA